AGCAUUUUGAUCCUCAAUUAAUUCCAAAAUGGUGAAAAUAUCCAUAGAAAACAAUGUCAAUGGUGUUACUAAUUCUUACUUAUUCAUAACAAGGACUCGGUGAUAUCAGAUUACAAAGCAAUAUGGCAAGGACUGGUCCGGUUUAACACCACUGACCCCUCCGUCCUUAACAAGAACCCAGACCAGCACAUGCAGAAGGUCCUGGGUGGUCAUUAUGCCUAUAUAGCAGCAAAAUCCGAAGUAGACACGCAGAUGACAAAGCAGUGCGGUCUGGCUACCAUAGACGAGAAGUUUCUUCAUAUGCAAUAUGCUUUCGGGGUUCCCAAUAAUUCACCAUACACCGAUAUUUUUUCUCUUAAAAUAUUAAAGAUUUUGGAAAGUGGGCUGAUGAAUAUAUGGGAACGAAAGUGGUGGGCACAGCAGAAAUUAUGUUACGAGUCGACUUGGGACCAACGGAAGGUGAUUAACUUAACAGAUGUCCAAAGUGCUUUCUACCUGAUUGGUAUAGGGAUCGUACUGGCGUUACUGGUCAUCUGCCUGGAGUGGAUCUGCUUUAAAAUCAUCAGAACGAAGAGGAGACAACAGCCGGAUGAGUCUUACACUGUAGAAAUAUCAGCAUUACCGGUGUAAUGGGUUUAAACUAGAUCGAUCAGUCUCCACGUUAUCCUCUGCAUGUUUGAUACGCCUUUAUGCAUUAUGCAUAUGUGCAACAGGAAUGCUGCAUUUGUCUAAACACCAACAUACACUAACAGUAGUACUAUAUGCUGACGAUGAUAAAACUCAAAUUGUAGUCGAGGUUAUUAUAAGAAUCAUUAUUAGUUGCAUAAUUUAAUAGUGACCUGAUGCCGGGUCUAUGAAAACUUAUAUCAGGUUCGGCUUCUCCCCACAUGAUACAAUUUUUUUAAACCGAUAUUCGCCUCACCUGAUUCAAGUUUUUUGCAGACCCCAUCUUUUUACGUAUCAGGUCACUAACAAACUGUGUAACAAAUUUAUCCCGCUGAAGGAUUAUACCCCUGUUAUUGAUUAGAAUUGUUUUUUUCUUCUUAAAACAUUUAUCUUGCCAAAGAAUGUUAUAAAUGUCCUGCUGUGUGGUGGUGAUUUUUUUAAUAGCGAUGAAGAGCAUGUCUGAUGUUUUCAAAUCAGCUGAACUUAUAUUUGGAACCGUCUGCCUUCCGGGCGCCAACAUUUUAGCUAACCUCACCUUAAACGUUUCAAACUUAGUUGUCUGUGUCUUUUCACUUAAAUAAGCUUUAAAUGUUCUGGUCGCUUUGUCAUUACAUUUCAAAGUAUUGUCCUAAUUUCUUUUGAGCGUUUCUCCGCCAAUUCAUCGCCUGUUGUGUCGCCGACGCAUUUAUAAUGAGCAGCCAUGAUUGUUAUAGAAUGGAGAUAUCUUUCAUGAAUGAUAACUCACUACUGACGUAGAAUGGAUUUCUAGUGACGUGAUACGGAUUUUUAGUAACCCGAUACGGGAUCAUCCGGGACGCCACGUGAUGUUUUUUAACCAAUGGGGUGCUGAGAUUUUUGCCAGCAGCGGGAUAAAUAAACUUCUGUAGUCUUCGAAGCUAUAUCCAUUAUUGUCCUUGAGGCUCUCGUAGCCUAUACUAAGUAUAAAGUAAAAAAAAACUUGUGUGUUAUUUACGAGAAAUAUGUUUAUUUGACUAUACUAUGAUUUAAGGAUAUAUGCUACCAAACAUUUACAUUUAAUUCUUCAAAAGAGUUUUCCAUGGUAGGAAACUCCGUUUAAUCAUAAAUUUUAAAUAACAAUGCAUAAUGUAGCAAUAAUAGUAAAGUUGCCAGUAUCCUGAUAGAAUUUAGCUGAAUAGGAACCCGCUAUGGUGAUGGUCACUCCUCUUCAUAGUCAUGGUAGUGGUGAAACAGCCAACGUUCUGGGUGUCCUUCAGAACGUUUACAGUGAAUCUGAAAUCUCCCUUGAAUAAAAAUAAAUUAGCAGUGUGCAUAUACCAUUGAUUUUUUUACAUUUAAAUAUGGUUUGCUAUAUUAUCCGCACUUAAUUUUUUGAAUUUAGUUAUAUACAACUGAAACUUCUUUUUGACAUCCAUCAGUCGUGCCUUAGACGGUCUAGACAAAGUAAGGUAUAUCCUCCCUUACAUCUGGAUGGUAGGUUAUAUACCAAACAUUUAUUUAUGUUUCUAGCAUGUAUACUUCAUCCAAUUUCUGGUUAUUAUUCAUAUCAAAACGGCAUGUACUUGGUUUGGUUUAAGCCACUUCACAGUCAAAAUAGUAUAUAUAUGAAAUGUUUUUAUCAAACAAGAACACUGCAUGCAGUCUGUGAAGUUAGUGUGUUAUUUCAAGCAUGAAAUGAGAACUGGUUUUCUAUAUAGAAACAUUCUCCAUAUUUUCAUUAUCAGUUAAAGAUUGUCUUUUGCAUUCUAUAUUAUUUCUUAUUGUUUUAAACUUAAAAUGAUAAUAUCGAAAUGGGUAUUAGGAUUUAUGGUGAUAAUAUUUAUGUAUAGCACGAAUUACCCGUUAUUUAUACAUACUACAUAUAUAAUUAAAUUGACGCAUGUGUUAUAAUUCCACCGGGGAAUGCAAGGCAGCGCUGAUACUUUCUACUUUCUAUUUUUCUUUCUUUCUUUUUUCUUUUUUUUUUUUUUCUUGAUUUUCUCCUUAAUUUCAUUACUUCCAGUCACUGGUGCUCCUCCCCUCAUAGAGAACAUAUUGCUUCUUUUAUUGUCUUUUAUGAACUAUUUGUAUAAACAUGUAGUUAUAUCAAUAAAUGUAUCAAUAAAUAAAUGAAUACACACACACACAUCCGAGUUCUGAUACAUAAUAAGAAUCAAAGACGAACGUGUUUAUAUCAUACAGGAAUGAAAAGCAUAUACAAAUGUAUUUAGGUUUUUGAUUUUAUAAUACAUAUUAUUUCACAUUACAAUUAUAACUUGUUUGUGUGUAUCAGUAUCAGUUCAUAUCUAGUUUAGUGUUACGGUAACAGACGCUAAAUAACACAUCUUUAGUAAUCACACAAUAUCAGUCGUAAAUGACAUUUCUUUAGUAAUCAAACAAUAUCAGUCGUAAAUGACAUUUCUUUUGCGAGUAUAUGAUCGGCGAAUUAAAAAGAAAAAAUGACAAUUAGUUUUCAACAGGGAAAAGCAAUUGCAAUGUUUAAGGAUCUACUCUCUGUAGGUUUCACUAACGUUGGAGUAUCGUUUCGACGUUGCAUUUUUGUAAUGAAUAACAAAAAAUGGCAGUUUCAUAGUAAGAUUGUAUCUGAAAAAUGUGUAAUAAUUUCAGACUUCUUCUGUGAGUAGAUUUGUUUUUAGAAGAAUUUCAAAAAUGGUCCAUUUGGCGGUAAUUUUGAAAAUGGCUGUUUCUUGCAUUGUAUGCAAGGCUCAAAUUUCACGUUUUUGGACUUACUGUUUUCACUUAAACCAUCAUAGCGUUGACAAUUUUGAAUAUGUCUAAUUCAAUUUUGCUGUACAACUUUGUAAUGUUCAAUACAAUGAAAAUAAUAAACAACAAAGUGGGAAAUUA